AAAUCAAGGCGUUAAGAAUGAUAGCACGUUGUCCUUUCACCCCGUGGAAAGAGUCAAGAAUUCGAUCCAUUUUCUCCAUGGAAACGAAGAGCGAAUCUUUCACAGAAUGUCCUAUAAAUAGGCCAAGCGAUUCCAGCAUGCAAAACAAAACAACCUACAAUAAUCACCUCCUGUAGCGAUUGGCCUUCUAGGGAUUUGCAUUUGCCUCCGUUCACACCUCCUGAUCAGGGGUCAAAACUCUAGACCAGACGAUCCCAACCUGCCCAAUCAUGUAGGCUGACAGGUGUUACAGUCCCUUCGUCCAAAAUCUUGUACUCCUACCAGUACGUGUCAGUAGGGCACGAGGUCACCUCGGCAUGGAGCAGGAGCUGCGGAGCGGCGGGGCGGUCAGGGCGCAGAGCACGCUGUGCUUCUCCGGCGCGCUGGUGGACGGGCCCCGGAUCCAGCAGCUGCUCCUCCACUGCGCCGCCGCGCUCGAGUCCAACGACGUCACGCUGGCGCAGCAGGCCAUGUGGGUGCUCAACAACAUCGCCUCCGCGCAGGGGGACCCCAACCAGCGCCUCACCUCGUCGCUCCUCCGCGGCCUCGUCGCGCGCGCCUGCCGGACCUGCGGCUCCCCGCGCGCCGACAGCAUGGGGCCGCCCCCGGCGCUGGGAUCGCAGCGGGCCAUGUCCGUGACGGAGCUCGCCGACUACGUCGACCUCACCCCGUGGCACCGGUUCGGCUUCACCGCCUCCAACGGCGCCAUCCUCCGCGCCGUCGCCGGGAGGGACGCCGUGCACGUAGUGGACCUUGGCGUCACGCGCUGCAUGCAGUGGCCCACCCUCAUCGACGCGCUCUCUAAGCGGCCCGGGGGCCCGCCGGCGCUCCGCAUCACCGUGCCGUCCGUCCGGCCCGCCGGCCCGCCGCUGCUCGGCGUGCCGGACGAGGAGAUAGGUCUCCGGCUGGCCAACUUCGCUAAGUCCAAAGGCGUGCACCUGGAGUUCAACGUCGUCAACAAGAGCACGGCCACGUCACCUCCAUCUCCGGCGAAGCUGCAGACGCUUUGCCAGGAGCUCGCCUGCGUCCUCUCCGACCCGUCGGCGCUGCGGCUAAGAGACGGCGAGGCGCUCGUCGUGAACUGCCAGAGCUGGCUCCGGCACGUCGCGCCGGGCUCGAGGGACGGCUUCGUGGACGCGGUCCGGGCGCUGGGCCCGUGCCUGGUCACCGUGACCGACGAGGACGCCGACCUGGACUCGCCGAGCCUGGCCACGCGCAUCGCGGGCUGCUUCAACUUCCACUGGAUCCUCUUCGACGCGCUCGACACGUCGGCGCCCAGGGACAGCCCGCGGCGGCUGGAGCACGAGGCGGCCGUGGGCCAGAAGAUCGAGAGCGUCGUCGGCGCCGACGGCACCGAGCGGUCCGAGUCCGGCGCGCGGCUCGCGGAGAGGAUGCGGCGCAAAGGGUUCGCCGGCGUGGGGUUCGGCGAGGACGAGGUGGCCGAGGUGCGGCACCUGCUGAGCGAGCACGCGACGGGGUGGGGCGUGAAGCGGGAGGAGGACAUGCUGGUGCUCACGUGGAAGGGGCAUGCAGCCGUGUUCACCACUGCCUGGGCGCCCAACUAAAGCUGGUAGCUUAAUCCGAUAUCACCAUUAGCGACUGAAACUACUGAUAGGAAUGCAUGUAGCCAUGAGAGAGUAGUUUUAGGUUGAUAAUGUAGCUCAGAAAGGAUCAAAAUGACAUCGACAUGACGCAUAAACCGUCUUCUUUACUGUUCAUCCAUGGCAACGGUGGAAGAACGGAUCAAAAUUCAAUAGGAGAAGUGGGAGCCUUCUUGCAUCAUGAAUUUGUUGUAUUGUCUCGGAACAUUGGGUUGAACAGUUGAACACACAUGCUCAUGCAUAGGGGUGAGAUUAACCUUGA